AUCCGGUGGUGAUUGUGUCUUGACUUAUCCUGAUUGCAUCGAAUCACCACUUGAAUCAUUUACAAAAAUUUCAUUUCUAAAUGAUAUUCAAUAAAUAAAUUAAAUUUCCAAUCGGAUAGAAAUUUUAUUUUAUAUUAAAUUUAAUGAGCAAAAAUGAAACUCGUUAUUAUCUUGUUGACUAGUCUGUGUUGCAGACAUGGAUUGAGUGAAUUCUUGGAUAACGAUGAUAUUUUGCAUUCGCCACCAAUUGUGUAUCCUUAUGGUGGUACUUUAAAGCUUUUAGUAGGCAUUGCAUCACCAAUUUCAAUGGGUGGUAGAAUUUUGGUUUAUGGCCAAAAUUUUCAAGUUCAAUAUGCGUUACCAACAAAUGCCACAUUUUUUACCAAUUAUUACAGUUCAUUGAAAAAAAGACGUAAAAGAUCAUCAAGUUAUUCACAUGAAAGAACAUUAUUUUAUCAAUUUUUAGAACAAGAAUUACAAAGAUGGGGUGCUAAUGGUAAAUCUUGCAUGAUGAAGAGUAUAUGUGAAGCUUGCAGUACUCCACUGAGAGAUGAGGGUCUUGUUGGUGAAAUUCUCAAUGUCAUACUGACACCUGAUUAUGGAAACAGCUCAUCAUAUGUCGAUGAAAAUUAUUUACAAGCUGCUGAAACAGGAAGACGAGGAAAUGAUUGCUCUGUAAUCUACUCAGAAUGCCCUGAAGGGUAUGGAUUACUUGAAAAAAUUUCACGAAUUCAAUCAAUCAACUUUGACUAAUAGUAUUUAUUUUUUCUUCAUCCUAAAUUAUUACGUUUUUUUAUACAAGUAUAAAUUAAAAUUGAAAAAAUUUAAA